UAGCUGCCCAUUCUCGGAACCCAGCAGGGGAGACGAGGAGCGCAGGGUCGGAUCGAUCUGAGCGCAUGGAAGGCAAGGAAGGAGGAGGAGGAGGAGGAGGCGAUGGAUUCGUAAGGCGCUCGGUAGAGAUGCAGGGUUAGUGCGGGAGGGCGGGCGAUGAGGAGGUUGGAUUUCGUGAAGCGGAGGGCGGGCGGUGGCGAAGGAGCUGCUGCUGCUGCUGCUGCAGGGUGGAGACAUUGUGGCGAGUUGUUUUUGUUGGUGGCGGGCGAAUCGAGUGAUCUGGCGACGACGGACGGCAAUCGAGGAUUAGGUGGUGGUUCUCGGUGCGAGGCAGUAGACGCGUAGAUCAGGUGGGGAGGUUGGCGGUGUGAAUUUGUGUGGAGGCGUUCGGAGGUCAGGGCAAAUUGUCGGGUAGAAUUUUCUGACAAAUUUUGGCAAGAAGAAGCAGAAGACGACGACCGUAUGCAGCUUGGUUUUUGUGUAGGACGAGAGCUGAGGGAGGGAGCGCUCGUUGAGAUGGAUGGGUGAAGAAUGGAAAAUUGCACUUGACCGUGCACUGGCUGCAGCGCCGAAUGCAGACCUUGUCAUGGGUCAUAACGGGAUAUUUCGAAAUGAUUCGAUUGAUACAGUUGAAGGGUCGAGUAACAGUACAGGUCUGGGCGUGGAAGGAAUCUUACGUCAGUCAGCAGAUGUAGAUGAAGUUGAGCGUAGGCUCCGUGACUAUGAGGUGGGGCAUAACCAGUUUGGGCCAGAUGAAGACGCUCAUGUCAUUGGAGACUGUAUAAAGCACGUGUUGAGGGAGUUGCCAUCUUCACCAGUGCCCACCACGUGCUGCACUGCUCUUCUUGAAGCUCAUAGUCGGGCAUCGGUCGUUUACGCUCCUGAUCUGCCCGCUCUCCGCAAACGCUUCAGGAUGUUGGUGAUUCUGGUGCUUUGUUGCAUCCAGCUCGGUGCUUGCGCCGUUGGUCAGGAGGAUACCACCUUCAGAGAAAUAAGCAGAAUCAAGACUCUUGUUGAGACUCUACAGGAUCCAGAUUUCGAUGCACGUGCAGAAUCGGCCGGGAAAGAGCAUGGCAGCAUCAACAUCGAGAGUGGACUUCCUCUGGCUUCCUCCGUCGAGGCGCAUAUGGGCCAGCAACAAGCACACGACGGUCCCAGGAGCCAGCGAGAGCUGCAGCAGUUUAAACUUCAGGACCAAGCCGUCAAAACUUUGUUAACGAAUCGACAUGAGCCUCUCCAUCGUUUUCAGGAGGAAUCUGCACACUCCAGAGCAAUAUCCCGCACUUUGCUCCAAGACAGCUUCGGGGAGGCCGAUGCGCUCCUGCAAUUCAAGGCCGAAAUCGAAUACUACACGCACAACGCUUUGGAUGGAUGGACAACGGGGAAUCGCUCCGCCUACUGCUCGUGGACGAGGGUCAUCUGCGACGAUGAGCUGCACGUGAUCUCCCUCAACUUCUCCAGGCUGUGGAUGAACGGCACUUUGGGUCCUUCGUUUGAGCAAGCUCGAAUACCUCGUGGACCUCGAUCUGAGCCACAUUUCCCUGUUGAGCGAGCUUCCCGUGGAAUGGGGCCGGCUGCAGAGACUGCAGACCUUGAACGUCCACGAUAAUUUUCUCUUCGGUGGUGUUCCCGCAGAGUACGGCAACAUGUCCAGCCUACGAGUCCUCUACAUCGGAGCACAGGAAGAGUUCUUCAACGGGUUCAUUCCGGAGGAGCUGGGUCUGCUCUCUGAGCUCGAGGCAACAUGUCCAGCCUACGAGUCCUCUACAUCGGAGCACAGGAAGAGUUCUUCAAGGGGUUCAUUCCGGAGGAGUUGGGUCUGCUCUCUGAGCUCGAGGUUCUGGCCCUGGGCGCGGUCUUCAAUUUCGGCUUACAGCAGGAGUACUUCCUUUACCAGUCAAACGAGAUGAGAGGCCCCAUUCCCAAGUCCAUCGCCAACUGCACGAAGCUGUGGUACUUGGAUUUCUUCGGCAACAACUAUCUGACGGGUCCCAUUCCGAGAGAGUACGGCCAGCUCGUCAAUCUGGAGUAUCUGAGCUUCGAGCAGAACAAUUUCACAGGCUCCAUCCCAUCCGAGCUGGGCAACCUGACGAAGAUCAAGUAUCUGCACUUGGGAUUCAAUGCCUUGGAGGGAGAGUUCCCCGUGGAGCUGGCGUCGCUGUCGGAGCUCAAGUUCCUGAACGUGAGGAACAACUUCCUGACGGGGAGUUUUCUGACAGUGGAGUCCACUUCGUGGAGUCGGCUCGAAAAGCUCUUCAUCGACGGGAACAACUUUCGUGGCGCCUUUCCCAGAGCUGUGACGGCCAUGACGGCGCUGACGAUCUUGUACAUGUUCGACAACGACUUCACCGGCGGCCUCCCCGAGAAUCUGGGGCAGCUGGCCAACCUCCAAGUGUUCGAUUUCAGCAGCAACCAUCUAGACGGGGAAUUGCCCGACAGCCUCAACAACUGCACGCAGCUCCAAUGGCUGCAGGCAGGGGACAACAAUCUCACGGGCACGCUGGACCCGCUGAGAAACCUCUCGCUGCUCUAUCUGAUAGCAGCAGGGAACAACAAUCUCACGGGCACGCUGGACCCGCUGAGAAACCUCUCGGUGCUUAUAUCCCUGUUCGCAGAGAACAACAGGUUCACGAGCACGCUGGACCCGCUGAGAAACCUCUCGCUGCUCGAAUCCCUGUACGCAGAGAACAACAGGUUCACGGGCACGCUGGACCCGCUGAGAAACCUCUCGAUGCUUAUAUCCCUGUUCGCAGAGAACAACAGGUUCACGGGCACGCUGGACCCGAUGAGAAACCUGUCGCUGCUCUAUCGGAUAAAAAUAUCGAACAACAAUUUCACGGGCACGCUGGAGCCUUUGAGAAACCUCUCGCAGCUCCUUUACCUGAACGCAGUGAACAACAGGCUCACGGGCACGCUGGAGCCGCUGAGAAACCUCUCGAUGCUCGGUUACCUGCUCGCAACGAACAACAAUCUCAAUGGCACUCUGGAGCCGCUGAGAGAUCUCUUGAUGCACUCGAACGGCAUCAUGUACUUGCUCCUGAACGACAACAACUUUCGAGGCCACAUUCCCUCCGAGCUCGGCAAGCUGUCGAACUUGAAGCUCCUCUUCCUGCACAAUAACGGGCUGUCGGGGCCCAUACCAACGAGCUUGGCCGACCUAGAGAGCACCAACGAGAUCAAUCUGGGCAACAAUUCUCUGACGGGAGGAAUCCCUCCAGAGCUGGGGCGACUGCAGUACAUGGAGUAUCUCGUCCUCCACAGCAACAACCUCACGGGAACCAUUCCCGCGUCUCUGGCGAACUGCAGCUCCCUGAGAAAAAUUAGGCUGAGCAAAAACAAGCUCACGGGCCCAGUCACUCAGAUUGACUUCUUGCAGCUGCGAUCCCUCGAGACCUUCUCUGUCAACGGGAACCAGCUGAGCGGAGAGUUUCCCGUGAGCGUGUACAACUGCACGGAACUGAAGCUCCUGGACCUGAGCAGCAAUGAAUUCUCAGAGGAGCUCCCCGACAACUACGAGUACUCUCAGCCAGUGCUGCGCAAAUUGCGAGUUUUGAAAUUAUCAUCCAACAAAUUCGGCGGCAGCGUGCCCGGCUGGAUCUGGAAGCUUCCGGAGCUGCAAGUGCUCGACUUGUCGCACAACUCGUUCACGGGAGUGUGCCCGACCAAUCUCUCGGGCUUGGAAGGCUUUAUUCGACUCGAAGCGUCGCCAGACGACGCCGGGGGAAGCAGCAGUGUCAUGGACGACUUCAUCCCUGUACGUGUCCAGGUGGACGGGGGGAAAUUGCUCGAGCAAAUCUCCAUUGAGGCCAAAGGUUCGCGACUCGACCUCGAGUACGUCCUCGAGACUCUAUUCUCCAUCGACCUGUCAUACAACCAGCUCUCUGGGAGGCUCACGUACGCGCUUGGAGACCUGCGCGGAUUGACGUACUUGAAUCUGACGCACAAUAAUUUCUCGGGCGAAAUCCCUCAGGUUUUCGAAGAUCUGCUGCGUCUCCAGUCGCUGGAUUUGUCGGCCAACUAUCUCACGGGGAAGAUUCCUGCGGUGCUGAGCAGGCCCAGCUUGAGCUAUCUGAAUCUCUCCUACAACUUCCUCGAGGGCGAGAUCCCCACGGCGAAUGCUUUCUCCACGAGGUACGACAUUUCGUCCUUCAAGCCCGGGAACGAUCAGCUCUGCGGGGCCCGCUCGAGACCACUUGUGCGGCGCAAGACAGCAACGCAAGCGGAAGCUCGGCCACACUCGGGGCUCCGCCGUUCGAGCUUCUGGAUGGUACAUUCUGGCGGGCCUUCGAGAUCGGAAUUCCGAUCGGGGUCGUGAUUGUGAUCGGGGUCGUGAUCGGAACGCUGAGAACAAUGCCCUGCGCACGACACUGGCUACUGCAUACUCAAGAUUUCGCUCGCCAUUUCAGUAAAGGUAGAUACGGAGUGUUCAACGAACCGACAUAGACUGAAUCAUUCAGCAGCUGACUGAUGCGUACGCGACUGCUCGCUUUGCACCCGGCUGGACCCCGGGGUCCAACCGGGGCUUACGAGAUUCCGCAUGAAUGGGGACUCGUUGUCCGCCAUACACAUGUGCUACUGCUGCUGGGCCUGUAGAUAGCACAGCGUUGUCUGCACUGAGUUGUUCCAAUUGGACUGUGUAAAGUAGAGCCAGAUUCCACGACGAUUCAUGAUUGCAGGAUUACUCCUCUUGGGAGCUUUUGUCUCCAGAUUGGAGAAGCUUCAUUGUAAUUACUUGAUGGGACCGUUGGAGACUCGAAUCAGUUGAUGAGACCCACCACGUUUCAGUUUAUGAUAGGACCACAUUUGACAGAAAUGCAUGUCUCUCCUCCCUGAAGAACUCAGGAAUCCUUUCCUCUCGACGGGGUCCACUUCCAGCGACGAGACUUCCACACUUUCGCUUUAUCAGACUGGGAAAUGAUUCUUGGAUCUAUUCGCUGAACGUAACCUGGCCGCUUUCCAGAUGCGCUCAGACUUCCAGAAAGUCUCGGCUUCCAUAAGACUGCAGCUGGGAUCGAGAAAGACAGUUCACAGGAAGCUGAUCAGAUGCAUGUUCAACCAAGCAGGAUCGACUUCGACGUCCUGAUCAGGCGACUCCUCCGUCAAUGUCACAGACAAUUUAGUACAGCCCGUUCUAAUGCUUCCAAUGGAGACCCGCCACAUGUUAAAACUAACUCCAAUAAUUGAGCCCCUUCACUGGGAGACGUACCUUGUUACAACGUUCAUGCAUAUCAGUCCACAAGUUUGAGGAUCGAAACCACUACGGGCGAAAAUAUGGCAG